AAUAAUAAUAAAUAGCUACGACAAUUAUAAGUUAAGAAUUUCCUUCAAUUUUAUAAUUCGAAAUUUACAUGAUGCCCCAAAAUUCAGUGGACUUUGAAGUGUGCUUUCCGCCCAGCGAUUCUAUUUCCGCACUGGAAUUUAGCCCAGCACCAAGGAAUAUGCUAUGCGCCGGCAGUUGGGAUCAGACGGUACGCACCUGGCAUGUGGAAAUGAACGGAGCAACAACUCCAAAUGGUUUCUGCAAAGUCAAUUCACCCGUUUUGGAUGUGAGCUGGAGCGAUGAUAGCAACAAGGUGUAUCUGUCCACGGCGGGACGUGAGGUACACCAAUGGGAUUUGCAGUCGAACCAACUGACCCAGAUAGGCACACAUGACGCAGGCGUGCGUAGCUGCCAUUGGAUCAAGGCAGCCAAUUAUGCCUGUCUAAUGACUGGCUCGUGGGACAAGACCCUCAAAUUCUGGGACAUACGCUGCCCAAUGCCGAUGCUGACGCUGAGUCUGCCCGAUCGCUGUUACGACGCCGAUGUUCUUUAUCCGAUGGCCGCUGUGGCCUGUGCUGGUAACAUCAUAAUGCUCUACGCCCUGGACAAGAUUGCAAUGGAUUACAGGCAUAUGGAGAGUAAUUUGAAGCAGCAGACGCGUUGCAUUAGCAUUUUUAGGGAAAGACAAAAUCAGUCCGGAGGCUUCGUUGUUGGCGGUAUUGAGGGCCGUGCGGCUGUGCAUUAUUUUUACGGCAAGGAAUCAUUUGCCUUCAAGUGUCAUCGUUCCCCCUGUCCCAUGGGCAUACAUAAUAUCUAUGCAGUGAAUGACCUUAAGCAUCAUCCUGUGCACCAGACCCUGGUCACGGCCGGCUCCGAUGGCGUCUAUACAUGCUGGGACACGUGCUCGCGCAACAAGAUAUUCUCCAGCAGCACCAAGGAUCAGCCAUUGACCAAAUGUUGCUUUAGUCCGGAUGGUCAAAUAUUUGCCUAUGCUCUCGGUUACGACUGGGCCAAGGGACACGAGCACUUUGAUCCUAACAAGAAGCCGCAGAUCUUUUUACAUCCCUGCUUUGAUGAAAUGAAGACAAGGUAGUAUAACCGACGACACCUAACGAGUUCCGAGUUUCUUAAUAGUUUUGAGUUGGCAGUAAAAGAACAAAAGACUGG